ACGAGAAGCUCGUAAACACGACGCAUGGUUUGUGAUGUAGGAAACGUCAGCCGAAAACUCGCAGGCAAAGUUAAAAACAUCGGAGGAAUCGUAAUCUUUCUGGAGUAAAUUAAUAAUAAAUUAAUAAUUUAUUCAGUGUUGCUAUGCCUCCGAAAAAAGGAGCGGGAGGUGCGAAGGGUGGCUCAAAAUCAGCUGACGACACGAAAACUGCUGCCGGCAAAGAAAAGAAGGGUGGCUCAGCAGUAAAGGUUCGACAUAUACUAUGUGAAAAACAGUCAAAAGCUCUAGAAGCUUUGGAUAAACUGAAAGGUGGAAUGAAGUUUCCCGAAGUUGCUGCACAAUACAGUGAAGACAAGGCAAGACAAGGGGGUGAUCUGGGUUGGAUGACUAGAGGAUCAAUGGUGGGUCCAUUCCAAGAUGCAGCAUUUGCUCUGCCUAUUUCAAAUGUCAGUAGUCCAGUGUACACAGACCCACCAGUGAAAACAAAAUUUGGUUAUCAUAUCAUAAUGGUUGAAGGAAAAAAGUAAACUCUGUUUGACUUUUAUGUACAUGUAUAUAUUUUUGAAUACAAUCUUUUGUUAGUCUUA